AUUUAUUCUCCCCUGCUUCGUUCCACCCCCCUCAGAUCGUGCUCCGUCUAUGACAUUGAGCCUUCUGCAGUUGUGUAGCUGGACUUGAAACCACAGAGAUCCAGCUCCGUCGAUAUCCCCUUCCCCAACCUAACGGGUCCUGCUCAAAGAUGCCUCCGCAAAGGGAACACAUUCCCUCUUCCUGGACCCUGUGUCCUUCUCAGGAGGCCGGCGGAAAUGCUCCGUCACUGACACUGAACUCCUCCGACCCGUCCUCUCCACCAUUUGAGUUCUCCUUCGAGGCCGUCCGCCCGAAUGUGUUCAGGACGACCUUCAAGUCGGAAACGCACCCCAUUCCCCCAUAUCCCAGCGUCCCCAGGAUGGAGACAAAGCUGGAUGGCGUUCGGCCCAUCAUGACAUCGACCGACAGGAGCAAGAAGAUCCAGAUCGGCGACAUCACAGCCAACGUCGACUUUGCGGGUGAGACGCCAUCGGUGUCCAUCUCGAUCGAGGGCCAGAAGUUCCCGAUCCUCCAAGAUCUGCCGAAUCGCAGCUACGUCGUAGACGGGCCGGGCAUUGCCCAUUACACGCGCUACAACCGCAAUACGCUACACGUCGGCCUGGGCGAGAAGGCAGCCCCUAUGAACCUCUCGGGCCGUCGCUUCGAGCUCUCGGCAACAGACAGCUUCGGUUACGACGUCUACCGGACCGAUCCCCUGUACAAAAACAUUCCGCUCCUGAUCAACGCCACUCCGGACGGUUGCGUGGCCACCUUCUCGACCAGCCAGGGCCGCGGCCAGUACUCGAUCGGUGCCGAAAUGGACGGCAUGUGGGGCUUCUACAAGGUCUACCGCCACGAUUAUGGCGGCCUGGAAGAGUACAUCAUCGUGGGCAAGACGUUGAAGGACAUCGUCCGAACCUACGCCGACAUCGCUGGCUACCCCUUGCUCGUGCCCCGUUGGGCGUUCGGCUAUCUCUCGGGCGGCAUGAAGUACUCGAUGCUCGACGACCCGCCCGCGCACGAGGCCAUGAUGGCGCUCGCCCGCAAGUUCAAGGAGUACGACAUACCUUGCUCCGCCCACCAGAUGUCGUCGGGCUACACCGUCUCGGCGACACCCCCCAAGACGCGCAACGUCUUUACGUGGAACCGCCACCGGUUCCCGGACCCAGAGGGCUGGAUCCGCGAAUACCACAAGCACGGCAUCCGGCUGAUUGCCAACAUCAAGCCGUACGUCAUUGGCAGCCACCCGGAGUACGAGAAGCUCAAGGCGGCCGGGGCGCUGUUCACGGACCCGCGGACGGGCAAGACGGCCGUGACCAAGCUCUGGAGCGCCGGCGGCGGCGAGAGUGCCGACGGUGGCCACAUUGACUUCACCUCCAAGGCGGGCUUCGACUGGUGGUACAACGGGGUCCGCGAGCUGGCCCGGCAGGGAAUCGACUGCAUGUGGAACGACAACAACGAAUACACCAUCCCGGACGACGACUGGCGGUGCGCCCUGGACCUCCCUUCCCUGCAGAUCCCGCCGGGCGCCGACAAGACACCCCAAGUCGGCGUCUGGGGCCGCAACAUGCACACCGAACUCCACGGCAAAGCAUCCCACGACGCCCUCGUCGACGUUCACCCGGACAUCCGCCCCUUCGUCCUCACGCGUAGCGCGACGGCCGGAACCAUGCGGUACGCCGCCAGCACGUGGAGCGGCGACAACGUGACGAGCUGGGCGGGCAUGAAGGGCGCCAACGCCGUCUCGCUCAACGCGGGCAUGAGCCUGAUGCAGUGCUACGGGCACGACAUUGGCGGGUUCGAGGGCGAGCAGCCGUCGCCGGAGCUGCUGCUGCGGUGGGUGCAGCUGGGCAUCCACUCGCCGCGGUUCGCCAUCAACUGCUUCAAGACGGCCAGCGGCGACAACUCGGUCGGCGACGUCAUCGAGCCCUGGAUGUACCCGUCCAUCACGCACCUCGUGCGCAAGGCCAUCAAGCGGCGCUACGCGCUCAUCCCCUACCUCUACUCGCUCAUGCUCGACAGCCACCGCACCGCGACGCCGCCGCAGCGUUGGACCGGCUGGGGGUACGAGUCGGACCCGGAGGUGUGGACGUCCCAGAUCAUGGACGGCGAGACGCAGUACUGGCUCGGCGACGCGAUGCUCGUCGGCGGUGUGUACGAGCCGGGUGCGUCCAAGGGUCGCGUCUACCUGCCCAGGGCAGCGGAUGCUGCCAUCGAUGAAGGCUUCAUGAACACCAACGCGCCGUUCCAGUACCUCGCUUCGGGACAGUGGGUCGACAUCGACGCCGAGUGGCACGGCGCCGGCAUCCCGGUGCUUGCGCGCGUGGGAGCGGCUAUCCCCGUUGGCCACGACGUGCAGGUGCUGUCUCCCGGAGAGACGGAGAACGUGGCAGAGCUGCCGCUGGACGACUACCGCGGCGUCGAGGUCUUCCCGCCAAAGGGACAGUCCAAGAAUGGCCAGUGGCACGAGACGACGUGGCACGAAGACGACGGCGUGUCAGCUGUGCAUAUAAAUAAGGUGUCAUCAUACACCUUCGCCUACACGGCCACGGGAGCGUCGGGUGAGAUCAAGGUAAAAUUCUCGAGGGAUGAGUCGUCGGGCUUUGAGGCGCCGUGGAAGACGCUCGUUGUCAUCUUGCCAUCGGGCGAUCAGCGGAAGGUGGUCAGCGAGGAUGGAAGGACGGUGGUCGAGCUGGGCGUCGAUGAGCAAGGAAGGAACCGGUUUGAGCUGAGCUGAGCUGAGCUGAGCU